AUGAAUGACUCGCGUCAAACGGGCCAUGAGGGCGAUACAGCUGCUUCCGCCGUCGCGACUGAGCCAGAGUCUGGCAACAACUACUCCUUUCUAAUACAUUCCAACAAGACAUUGACGCAGGAUCUUCCACCUAAAGUCGAUAGGUAUGGAACUAACCCCAAGACCGGCAGCCCCGAGGACCAUGCUAUUUUAGAAGCGGAAUACCGAUUGAAUCCAAAGCCUGACAAGGCCACCAGAGCGAGCAUCGUCAGCAGAGUCUCUUUAGGAGAUAAGGAAGUUCAGAUAUGGUUUCAGAACAGAAGGCAGAACGACAGGCGAAAAUCUAAACCGCUGCAUUCGAAUGAACUAUCCCCGAAUACACAGGAACUCGAAAACUCUCAAAAAACCGUAGAUGCUAGUCCACCAAACACGCAGAAUGGAAACCUGAAUUCAAACGCCGAUGAUUCCUACGGUAAUACACUGGGCACACCCUCUCAGUCUUUUUCCAGCUGCCAGUGUGAACACAAUGUCGCAUCGUCACAGCUCGAAAGCUCACAAACUUCUACUACAUCUACCAAAUCUCAAGACAACCAGUGUAGAUUUUGCUCUGCCGUCAGUGAACCAAGAUUACGUGCUCAGCUUUCCUCCGGUAAGAGGAAGCGUGCGGAUUCAGGCGUCAGUGGACUAGGAGUUGGUGAACUUGAAAAUGCACGAAGAUCAUUUGGCUCCACGAACUCGCCAUCUCUUCGUCUUUCUCUUUCCUUUGAUGGCGAGGCAGUGGUACGUGGCGAAGAUGAGAAGACCCCAUCUCCUCCGAAGAUUCGCGAUUCUUUGAGAAUUGCUUUCUCUGCAGACGGUGAAGCAGUUGUUCGAACGGCAGGAGAGCCGUCACCCUCUCCUUCACGAAACCGUACUUCGACUCCCCUCUCUCUUCAGUCCCGACUUAGAAGCCUUCGACGGACUAGCAGUGCCGUCUCAUUUGGAUCUAAAUCACCAGACGCUGCUAAUAUAUUUGGCCGGUCUCGAGAUUCACGCAGAUGGGAGUUGUACUGUGAUACAGACGCGCGUAGCGCUCUCUCCUCACCCAAACUCGGAACGGGCCCUACGUCUGACCGGAGUGGAAGCGCCAGGUCCUCUUGCAGGAGGGUUUCCAACGCGAAUGCGCGUAUAUUGUCGCCAUGUGCUAAUCUCCCGAACUCACUGCUACCCACUAGCCCACCCCAGAAGCGAAAGAAACUAUCCCGCGCUGUGUCCUCCCUUGGCCGGCUGGAGACUGAACCGUCAUUAGAAACUGUUAGCACCGCCAAACUUAACAGCUCUCAGGGCAACAAAAGCCAAAAAACGAAGCCCAAAACAGAUUUUCACAACGGUGACUCCGACAAGGAAAACUGGCUCCCAGGUACACAGAAUGUUGGCCCUCGUCGCCGUCGACCACAUCCCACCGCCCACCCGCAGAAUCGUGUUCUUCAGACAUCAGGGGACGCUCGGCGUGAGGGGAAUCGAAUUAUUGGGCGGGGAAUGACAUCUCCUCGAAAGGACCACGACAAAAACAAGGACGACGGACUUAGUGGGAAGCCAUCUCUCCCCAGCACAAGUUCGAACCAGGAAGAGGAUCUUGACUGCAUCCAGGGUUUACUUUCCUUGAGCCAGGGUGCUUGGAAAUGA